UGUAUUGUGCUUGCAAUCCGGCAAGGCGAGGGCAGCUGCUGGUGCGAUGAUCCGGCUCGGGGUUCCGUCGUGGAGUCGGGGAGCUGCUUCGCGGCUUUUGUCUACGUUGUCAAACCAGUCAGGUUUUGUAGGCAACUCUGGCAUUUCAGCGAGUGCGGUGGAUGCAACUUCGCUAAGAGAAACCCCCCCUGAGGUGGUCUCCAGUGACCCCAUUCUACGGAAAUGCGACAUUGCCAUCCCCAAACACCUCACACCUGUCCAGGCGUGGGUGGAGUCCCUGAAACGUUACGAUGCCAGUCGCGUGGGCUUGACGGACCUGCAUCCUGAUAUGUUUGCAGUAAUGCCUCGCAUUGAUAUUCUACACAUGGUGGCCAUCUGGCAGAAAAACUAUAAGAGAAUUAGUUAUGCCAAGACAAAGACGCGCGCAGAGGUGCGUGGCGGAGGCAAGAAGCCCUGGAUGCAGAAGGGCAGCGGACGGGCCCGACAUGGCAGCACCCGGUCACCUUUGUGGCGUGGCGGUGGCGUGGCCCACGGCCCCCGUGGCCCCACUAGCUACUUCUACAUGCUCCCCAUGAAAAUUCGGAUCCUGGGCCUCAAGGUGGCCCUGACAACCAAACUGACACAGGAUGAUCUCCACAUCGUAGACUCUCUAGAGAUACCGACCUCAGACCCCCAGUAUCUUAUGGAUCUGGCCCGCUACAGGCACUGGGGAGCGUCAGUGCUGAUUGUGGAUGUGAAUGAGAUACCUGAGAACAUCAAGUCUGCAGCAAGUGGCCUUAAAACCAUCACAGUCCUGCCAGUCAUAGGUCUGAAUGUGCACAGCAUGCUGAAGUAUGAGACACUCGUGCUCACCCUGGAUACCGUCUCGUUCCUGGAAAAGAAACUGCUGUGGCAUGACUCACGAUACAGCUCGCUCUACUCUCUCCGGUUGCCCUACAGUGACUUCCCGUAGCCUUUGUGGCAAAGAUGGACUGAACAGCUCUGCAUAGUGGCAGCUGCGAGCUAUGUGUUGCCUCCCACUCCGUCCACCCAAAGAAGUGUCAUGUUUUUCCAAUAUUCAAUUAAAGAUAACUUGACUGUCAGAAACCUA